AUGGACAAGAUAUUUCAUGAAAAGCAAGAAGGGUCCUUGUGUGCUCAGCAUUGCCUCAAUGCGCUACUUCAAGGACCGUUUUUCACCGCUGUUGAUUUAGCUGAACUGGCUCGACAACUGGAUGAAGCAGAACAAAGACAUUUAACAAAUGGUCCACACAAAUCUCAAAACAUGGACGAAACUGGAUAUUUUUCGAUCCAGGUAAUUACCAAAGCGUUGUCAAUUUGGUCAUUGGAAUUGGUUCCACUAUUACGCCAGAGCCCAGAAGCGGAAAACGCUCGAAAAAAUCCAAAGGCUCAGAAUGCCUUUAUUUGCAAUUUUCGAGAUCACUGGUUCACCAUCCGUCGCCUUGGUCAGCAGUGGUUUGACCUGAACUCUGUCAUGUCCAAACCGAAGCUCAUCUCGGACACAUAUCUGGAGAUCUAUCUAGCUCAGUUGCAGAAAGAAGGCCAUUCCUUGUUUUUUGUGACCGGUAGAUUGCCUGAUUGCGAGGCGGAUCGCUAUCUGCUAACGAAUCCGGUGUCCGAACAAGAAGCCCGCAGUGCUUCGGCUAAACCCAGCUCUAGUACUCUCGACUAUGUAGAUGAUGAUGAUGAUGAUGAUGAACAAAUGCGAUUAGCCAUGGCUGUUUGCCAAGCAGAAAUGGAUGAGGAGGAUAUCUCGUUGCAGCGUGUGUUGGAGGCAACCCGGGAAGAAGAACAGGAGCGGGAAUUGCAGCGUGUUUUGGAACUGUCUACUAGAGAUUAUCAUAUCACACAUUCAGCCUCACGUUCCGAAUAG